AUGAAGAUAGACGGUCCCGGGCGGCUGGUACCAAAACAGGGCAUUCAGCGUCUUCUGGCAACCCCGCCCAAGGAGGCGCCCGUUUGUCGACCCGUCUCAGACUCCACAAAGCCCAGCCUCUCAAGCCACUUCGAAGAAAACAUGCACUUUUGUACGCAAACCACAACGGCCAGCCAACUUGAUGAGUUCACACUGUCUGUGGCUGGCUUUGUUCUCACUCUUCUGGUCUUGUCAACAGGAGCUGCUCAGAUGUUUUAUCUUUUUUUUUGGAGUUUAGUCUCUCAAAAGUCUGUUGCUCUUCAUCAGAUCGGCUUCAAGUGA